UUAACUGGUGUUCCGUGAAAUGUAGUCAACUUUACAAAGCGCCAAGUUUCGGUACGAUUUUAGCGGAAAUUUUUCCAAAUUGUGUGUUUUUCAGUAAUUUUAGUUCUUCUGCUUCCUAUCGGUUGAAUGUGGAUUCAAGCGCAAAGUCCAACGAAUUGAAAAGUUAUUUUGAAUCGUGCGAGUUGAACGACUGUUCUGUGUAUAGUUCGGUCUUAAAUAGAAGCAACAUGUUUUAAAUGGAGCAUGUUCAGUGGAGUUUAUGAAUGUCAAACAUAUUUAUUUAUUUACGUCGGCAUUAUCUGGAAUAGAGCAAUAAAUUUUGAUAACAAGGCCGCCUUCAGUCGUUUUUGUAACUAACAAACGCUUCUGUGGAACUGUUUUGUAGUGUGGUUUUCCUGGAAUAAUGCACGAACAUUUUCCGUUUCACCUUUAAAGCGAAGUGCUGCCCAAAAGUGUUAAGUGUUGAGGAUUGUUGAUUUUGCAUAGAAUACACACGUUUACAAUGUGGAUAUUUUCUUGGCAAGCUCAGAAAUGAUAAGGAAGCAAAGCUCAGAUGUCACGUUGCACUUCGAAUCCCAAGCCAAAGUACGAGCGGCCUGACCACAAUGUAUACCAGGUCACCACUAUACAGAAAAACAAACAACCAGUCCACCCAUACCAUGUGCAGAAGCGGUACCAAAGGCAAGCAAGUAAUUUGGCUGCAACCAGUAUAGACAUCGGGUAUAGUGAGGGCACAGCCUCAGAAACCUGCUAUGAUUGCUGUGAGCAAAAUGAUCCCACCUACCAACACAAUCCCUUGCGGGAAAGUAGAGCUACUUUCUCGGACGAUAGCUGCUCUACACGACUACCCUCCUUUGAAUUCGAUGAAGAGUCUAAUAGAGGGUGCGCGAAGAGUGGUUUUGCUGAGCACCCUUGCCGACAAUCGCGCAGGUAUCCCGGAGUGGGUAUGCCUAAAGAGGCCUCCGAAGCUGAAGAGAGAUUAUAUCAUGAGAUACAAACGCCCUGUGAUAAUGGACCAAUGCCAGUUGCACCUAUUGGAAGACGUUUUGUCGCCUCUAGAUUAUCGGACCGACCUCAAAGUUCCAUGAGUUCGGUAUUGACCAGCACAAUGUUUUAUGGAUGUGGUGGCAAAUGUCAGACUUUGGAAAGUGUUUGUUAUUUCGUUUUACAGUUACUAUUUGCGAUGGGCAUUUUGAUUGGAAUGUCGCUUUGCAUAGCUGGACUGGUGCUGAGAAACUCGGCAGCCCGAAAUCUGCAAGUUCUGCUCUAUAUUGGUUUUCUGUUGGCUGCGGUCAGCGGUGUACUAUGGAGCAUACAGUGCAGGGCAAAAAACAGCGCACGUCGAAGAAUCAAGGCAAUUCAGACUGCAAAGCGAGCACCUAUUCAAAUGGAAACUUUAAACAUUAGAGCCAAUCCUGUACAUAAUCUGGAGCGAUUGCCCAGUAUAAGGGAGGCUCAAAAUAAGUCGAUCAGAAAAGCGAAAGAGUCCAUGCCCAAACUAACCAAAGUAUGGAAAAGCCAUCACAUCCCUUAACAUGAGAUGGUCAGGAGCUUUUCAGUCUUUCUAUAUGAUCAGAACGCUGGACUUUAAAAAAGACAAAUAAGCGGAAGAUAAGAGAUGCCUUCGAAAUGUUUUGUUGGCGCAGAAUGCUGAGAGUGUCCUGGACUGAGAAAAGACCCAACCAAUCGAUUCUGGACCAACUCAGAAUUAUGAAGAGAUUGAGCAUUGUGGUAGCGGCUAAAUUCUUUGGUCAGAAGAAAAUGGCUAAAUUCUUUGGUCAGAAGAAAUGGCUCAGUCUGCAAGGGACCGUUCCUGGCAAAAGAUCAAGAGGAAGGUUGCCCACAAAAACCUCACCAGAAGAUAGACAGGAAUGGAAAGGCUUCACAGAAAACAAAACUAAGCUAAGAAGAUCAGGAAAACGUGUUUCAAAUAUAAUUUCUACAUUUUGAAUGAGUUUGGUGUCUGAUUGCGUUCUGUUCCUUUGCUUAAAUUUGUUAGUUUUUACUUUAUGAAUUUUUCUGUCGAUUGAAAAUUUGCCAUUCGAGGCGAAAACGAGGGUGGCAAUUCGUUAAAAGUUCAAAAAACAGAUUUUCGCUGUUGUACUGGCAAAGCAAUGAAUAGUGAAAACUACUGGACAAUUAUAUGAAUUUUAGUGGCUUUUUUAAUCAAAAAUCCCCGACUUGAUUAUAAAUGCCUUGGCAUUGAUUGGGCUGUUUUAUCUUUUUAAACUCUUUCAAGACUUGUUUUGAACGUGUGUUUGCGGGUCGUAUUGCGAAUCAAAAUAUCCAGAAAACAGUUAAUCUUCAGAAAAAAAUCAUAAAUUAGGAGUGAGGACAGAU